AUGGCUCAGCAAGUUCCUUCCUGCCCCAUUCCCUUUGAUCCUCACCUGCCUCCACACGCCCUUGGUCCCUCUCCUGGCUGUUUCAUCCCUCCCUUCUUAACCCCCGUAGUUCCUUCCUGCCCCAUUCCCUUUGAUCCUCACCUGCCUCCACACGCCCUUGGUCCCUCUCCUGGCUGUUUCAUCCCUCCCUUCUUAACCCCCGUAGUUCCUUCCUGCCCCAUUCCCUUUGAUCCUCACCUGCCUCCACACUCCCUUGGUCCCUCUCCUUGCUGUUUCAUCCCUCCCUUCUUAACCCCCGUAGUUCCUUCCUGCCCCAUUCCCUUUGAUCCUCACCUGCCUCCACACUCCCUUGGUCCCUCUCCUGGCUGUUUCAUCCCUCCCUUCUUAACCCCCGUAGUUCCUUCCUGCCCCAUUCCCUUUGAUCCUCACCUGCCUCCACACUCCCUUGGUCCCUCUCCUGGCUGUUUCAUCCCUCCCUUCUUAACCCCCGUAGUUCCUUCCUGCCCCAUUCCCUUUGAUCCUCACCUGCCUCCACACUCCCUUGGUCCCUCUCCUGGCUGUUUCAUCCAUCCCUUCUUAACCCCCGUAGUUCCUUCCUGCCCCUUUCCCUUUGAUCCUCACCUGCCUCCACACUCCCUUGGUCCCUCUCCUGGCUGUUUCAUCCAUCCCUUCUUAACCCCCGUAGUUCCUUCCUGCCCCAUUCCCUUUGAUCCUCACCUGCCUCCACACGCCCCUAGUCCCUCUCCUGGCUGUUUCAUCCCUCCCUUCUUAACCCCCGUAGUUCCUUCCUGCCCCAUUCCCUUUGAUCCUCACCUGCCUCCACACGCCCUUGGUCCCUCUCCUGGCUGUUUCAUCCCUGUUUUGUGUUUCUCUUUCCACUCUUGCUCUGUGCAACAAAUUGGGUCAAGUCUGUUGGACCGUAACAACGAGGAGUACCAACUGAACAGGUAG